AAUCUGUGCCAACUACUUGUUUACCUGGAAUCCUGGAAUACUACCUGAAACUACCGAGACUACCGAAACGCAAAACUGUUGUCCCCUUUUAUUCUUUGCAUCAAGCAAUCAUCAGGCUUUGUGACACUUGUUCAUGGUUGUUGAUCUGAUUGACUGCAAACUUUGCAACUAAUUAGUGCAGACAGCGGUAUUCUGCAACUGAAGCGACCGUCAUCGAGAUGAGUGCGGGUCUUAAGCCGAGCAAGAGCACCGUGUACGUGAGCAACUUGCCGUUCAAGCUCACAAACAAUGACCUGCAUCAGAUUUUCGAAAAGUACGGAAAGGUUGCCAAGGUGACUGUCAUGAAGGACAAGCAGACGUGGAAAAGCAAGGGAGUGGCGUUUGUGCUGUUUGCGGAUCCCGAGUCGGCCAGCAAAUGUGCAACUGCGCUUGACAAUCAGCAGCUGUUGGGACGCACACUCCGAGCAAGCAUUGCGAAGUACAACGGUCGAGCACCCGAGUUCAUCCGCCGAAAGGAAUACAAGGACAAGUCUAGGUGCUUCGAGUGCGGUGAGGAAGGCCAUCUCAGUUACCGCUGUCCACGGAAUUCAUUUGGUGAGCGAGAAGCUCCGCAAAAGAAGAAGAAAAGAAGAAAAUCGCAGCUGCCUAAGGAACAACAGGAAGCAGAGGCCACAGAAAGUGAGAAUGAGGAAGACCCGGCCUUGGAGUCCCUUCAUGCGGCGAUAAAGUAUGAGCAACAACAACGGGAGCGCGAGUCUGGAAGCAGCCAACAAUCUGGUGCACACUCGUCCUCUGAUAGUCGACGUCGAAUUCGCAAGAGUGCCUACUUCAGCGAUGAAGAGGAGUCUGACGAAGGCAAUGGAUGACUCCGGAGCUUGGCCCACCCAUGCAGAUGUUUUCAUGUACAUACGUCAUCUCAUUUACAGACCUCAUCACAUUUUAAUGACACUGCUAAGCUUUGAUUUUCACAUUGGGACGAUUGAAGUGCGGAAGUGACACUCAGUAGCUGCUCACACAUAAGUUUUUCCACUGAUAUUUAUGGUACAUGAAAAAUUCGAAUGCUGAAAAAGUAAUGCAGGACCAAAAAUUGAAAAUCAUGGCUGGUUUGUAGCCAAGGAAAUACCGCUUUAUCUUGUUGGAAAGAAAUUGCGCUGAAAGUUUUGCAAAAACAUUUUGUUAAAGUAUAGUGGGCUGUAUUCUGGUUGCUGUGUAAAUAAUGUCAAUUAUUUAGUGCAAUUCCUGAUGUGAGCUUUGCAGCAACCUCAUGUAUUGUUUUGCCUACGCGUGGUUUUCACGGUGCGAAUAAAGAUGCUUGCUGCAGGCAA